AUGGAACGUACACGGUCUUCGCCAGUGGUUGGGGAUGAAACUAAGAGGCAAUUGCCAGCACCGGAAAACAUCUCUCAGCACAGACUGAUUGCAGCAUUGAAGGCAAAUAUUAGGAUGAGUGAGCAAGGAUUGGGUCUCAUAAUCAUACAGAAUGGGCCAUAUCUCCAGAUAACAAGCCUUGUUGAGAAAAGCUCUGCAGCUAAUGAUGGAAAGCUAAAACCAGGUGAUGUUCUAAUAAAAGUUGGACAUGCUAAAGUUUUAGGAUGGACUCUGCGAGAGCUUAGGCAACUCCUGCACAAUAUUCCUGUAGGAACUACCCUACAAAUCAGAGUUUACAGAGGUUUUGUUGAAGUACCUCAACACUGGCAAAAUGCAGUUGAAUUAAUUCCUGAAGCAAAGCUUCCUGUGAUGACAGCAGACACAAGUGAAGAUGCUGAGGAUGAAGAUGACACCGGAUCCAGUAGCAAUGAUGAUGUAGACUUGGAAACUUUUCAGUAUAAAUCUUCCCAGUCAUACUGUUUUGAGCUCACUCCUAAGUUACUAUCAAUAUCCAGGUAUCUGAUAUAG